AUGUCCAACCAAAGCAAAUUAACAACCUGGCUACUUGCCAGUACACCCAAUCACCUAAAGCUUGCAACAAAUCACCCAUUUCUCGCCGCAGCCGGUACAGGCAAACUCCCAAAAUCAACUCUAUCACAAUGGCUUUCCCAAGACAGACUUUACGCCCAGUCUUACAUCCGAUUUAUCGGCCUCUUACUCUCAAAAAUUCGUCUACCAUUAAGUCAUACGGCAGAGACACAUUCUUCCCAGACACAGACACAGACACCCGAGCAUCUAGCCGUUGACGUCCUGAUAGACGCCCUGGUGAACAUCCGCACUGAACUCCACUUCUUCGAGACUACAGCGGCAAAUUAUAGUCUUGAUCUCACGCCUGGGCUUUCCGUAGUCGAGGGCGAUACUUCCGAUUGUCGGGGGGAUAGUCCUUCCGUGAUAACUCGUGCGUACAUUGACAUGUUCAUGUCAGCUGGCAGUCCUGGCGUUACAGUGCUAGAGGGAAUAGCCGUGCUAUGGGCGACGGAAGUCUGCUACCUCCGAUCAUGGCGGUAUGCCGCGUCGUUCUUGGAGACGAAAGAUGGAAAGCCAGAUGAGGAUGGCGGGGCGUUGAGAGAGAAGUUUAUUCCGAAUUGGUCGAGUAAGGAGUUUGAAGAUUUCGUUUACCAGAUUGGGAAUGUGCUUGAUCUGAUAGCUGGUCAGAUUGGAGAUAGUGAAUUGGAGGAUGUGCGAGACCGGUGUUUGGGGUGGUGGAGGCAGGUUUUAUGGUUAGAGGAACAGUUUUGGCCUGCUAUGAAUUGA